UAUUCCGAAGCUUUUUGUUUCUGUGUAUAAUCCUAAUUUGAAUAUAACAAGACGCACGCGACGUUGAAAAGAAAUUUUCGAAAGAACUACACAUCUUAAGUGACUUUAUAACUUUUUCAAAACAAUGGCUCGUCUCAACCGUGAAGAUAGAAAUUUUACAGGUUCGUUGCCGGACUUGAAAGCUUCCGUAAAAGCCACUGAACACCAGACAAAGGUCAUAGACAAGAAAAUAUUAGUUGCCGAAACUCAUUUUCCUAAGCUGGCUGCAAUGCUUCAACGGUACGCCGUAGGGACAGCAAAAUUACGAAACAAAGGUGACGAGCUGGCGAAAACAAUAACAGCAUAUGCUGAGGAAGAAUCGCCUUCAUUGAAACAAGGGCUUAAUGGUUUAGCUGAGUGUCUGUCCGCGAUACAGGAUCAAAGAGACAAAGAAGUCAGCCGUAUUGAGGAGAAACUCGUUCAAGGGUUCAGUGUAUACGAUACUAAGUGUAAACAAGCAAGGAAUGAUGUUAGAGUAAGUUCGUCGCUUUCCUCGAGGGAAGUAAAGUCGUUCGAAAGCCUUGAAAAAGCGCAAAUGAAAUCAACGGACCGAACACGGAUCGCCCGAGCACAAGCUGAGUUCCAAAAAGCAUCUGGCGAAGCGAAUCGUUCCCUGCGGGUUUUGCGUGAGCAAAUGAACGAAUUCGAAAGCCAAAAAAUGCGGGAUGUCAGGCAGAUUUUAUCGGAUUUUGUAGUCGGUGAAAUGGAAUUAAUAGCUCGCUCUAUGGAACUUUAUACUCGGGCUUAUCAAGGAUUAAUGAACAUUAGCGAAGAGGACGAUUUGAAUGAGUUCAACAAAUCCAUGACUUUUAAACCACCCCAAUGGGGUUCACUACCCGUUCUAUCCGGACGUUAUGGUAAAGGAACAUCCAUGGACAAUGUUUUAGAGGAGGUCGAAGACGAAAGCGAUACUGAUAUGAAUCGUACAAUGUAAAAUUCUUGUUUCGAAAAUAUUGAUAAUUAUGCACAUAAAUUUCGAUUCAAAAUAUGUUAGUACAGUCAAACUCCGUUAAUACAGACACUGAGGACCCGGAGUGGUCAAUUGAUAAAAAUCGGUAUCGAUAAAAAUCGAUAGCAAUCAUGUGAUUUUUAUCGAUUGAUAACAUAAAUCGGUAAAAAUCGAUAAAGUAAAUUGCUGUAUCAAAUCGAUAUUAUCAAAUAUUCAUGAUUUUAACGAUUUAUAACGGAAGUCCGUCAUUGUAGUUUAAUGGUAUAAGUUAGAUAGUACAGCUGAGAAAAAACAUUAUACACACAAGUUUCUCUCUAAGACCCUUUUAUUUUGUACAUAAUAACAAAAACGGUUUUCCUAGACAGAUUUUCACCCUUUUCUGUUAUCAACGGAUAAAAUUACUAACGAUUUUUAUCUGUUGGCUACUCCGGGAUGUAACUAUAGCCGGAACUACAGGCAGAAGAUCUAAACUGUGAAAAACUGGGCGCCUACAAACCUCCGGGCCAAUAUCAGCCAUCAGAGGAAGAUUUUAAACCUGGUUUUCAAGAAAAGAUAAGAUUUUUAGGAUUUUUUUUAAAGUGAUAAUUGUUUGAUCCUUCCACUCUCAAUUGCAACUCAAUUGUCAACAAAUUUACUGCUUGCAUGUGAUCAGUUUUCAUAUUUGGAUGAACAGAUGAACAGAUGUAUCUUCCGAUAUAAAUCGAUGAAAUCGGUAAAAUCAGUAAUCGGCUCCUGGUAAAAUCAAGAUAAAUCGAUUAACGAAACGAGUGUGUCAUCGAUUUCUCACAAUCUCCAAAGUUAGUUGCUAUAUUUCAGGCUUGUUGUUCUAAUUUUACCAGGCAGGGGCACCCAACGACCGAAUGUUUCCAAAUACGCCAGAAGUGUGUCAGAUGGUUUUCUCUAAGCUUUAGAAGCCUGUUUGGUUAAUUUGGAGUAGCCCUAAAAACCUUUUAUCUGUUCC